AUGGCCAAGGCGGCGAUAGGGCAGAUAUGCUCGUCCAACUCGAUGGCACAUAAUCUCGAGCAAUGCGUCAAGCUCGUGGGCCAAGCCGCGGCUGCUGGAGCGAAAGUCCUCUUCCUCCCCGAAGCAUCCGAUUACAUCGGCUCCUCCGCCCAGGAAUCCCUCUCCCUCGCCAAACCCCUCGCCACCUCCCCCUUCGUAUCGGGACUGCGCUCCGCCGCCGCAAAGCACAAGCUUGCCGUGCACGUCGGCAUCCACGUGCCCGUCUCCGUGAAACCGUCUCUCUCUCCUAGUAAUCCGGUCUUAUCUUCCGUUCCGCACUCCGAGGACCCAGAUUCUAUUCCUUCUGCUGUUUCUGUUUCUGCUUCUACUUCUACCCCUUCAGCAUCCGCAUCCGCAUCAGCAUCAGCAUCAGAACAACCAAGUACCAGAGAAGAAGAAGAUCCCUCACCCCAAACCAAACUCUACAACCGCACCAUCCUCAUCAACCCCGACGGCACCCUCCACCCCACCGCCUCCUACGACAAGCUCCACCUCUUCGACUACCCCGACGCCUCCCUCCGCGAGUCCACCACCACCCAAGCCGGAUCAGCAUUCACGCCCCCCUUCGACACCCCCGUCGGCCGCAUCGGCAGCCUCAUCUGCUUCGACCUGCGCUUCCCGGAGCCCGCCCUGCACUUGACCACUCCCUCCCCCUCCUCCUCCUCCUCCAACACCACAACCACCCCUUCCCCCCCAGCCCAAAUCCUCCUCUACCCCAGCGCAUUCACCAUCCCCACCGGCCUCGCCCACUGGGAAACCCUUCUGCGCGCCCGCGCCAUCGAGACCCAAUCCUGGGUCAUAGCCGCCGCCCAGGUCGGCACCCACAACCCGCGCCUGUCGCCGCGCACGAGCUACGGCCGGAGCAUGGUCGUCGACCCCUGGGGGCGGGUCAUGCUUGAGCUGAAGGGCGUGCGGGACAAGGACGGCGACGGCGGUGGUUACGAGGUUGAGGACGGCGCCGUGGGCCAGCUGGGACUGGUGCAUGUGGAUUUGGGCGUGUGGGACAAGGUUCGCGAGCAGAUGCCGCUUGUGAGGCGGACGGACGUUUACCCAAAAGUAUAA